UUGCAUCGUCUUGGGGUCCUUCAUAUCUCAGAGACAAGCUGUCACGGUGAUAGUGUGCAAAUGAGGACAGUGUGAAGUGCACGCAUUCUGUUAUGCUGCAUGCCAGUGCGCCAGGGAGGCUUUGUUUUUUGGAGUUGACAAAAUGACCAAAGUUGAAUCAUUGAAGCACUGGGGAUUUUUUGUAUUUCUUUGCUUUCAAAAGGCUACCUUCUUACAGGGCGCUCGAAAUUUGGAAACCAAAGUGGCCCUCUUGCUCGCCGUUGAGCCACAGGACCCAAAAUGCUUUGCAGAAGGAAUGGAAGAUCUGACGUGCUUCUGGGAGGAUGACGGCAUUCUGGAAGAAUACACGUUCAUGUACACUUAUCAAUAUGAGAAGACUACUGACUGUGUUGUGACAGCCCAGCCAACAGGGGGCAGCAAGGCACGCUACUUCUGCAAGCUAUCCAAGGUUCAGCACUUUGUACCUCUGGAUCUCCAUGUGUACCGUGGUGGACAGCGGAUCCACAACCGCAGCCUCUUCGUUGAGCAUGUGUUCCUGUUAGAUCCCCCAGCCAACCUGACGGUGAAUUGGACUGGCAAGCAGGGGCAGCUGAGACUGAGCUGGUUGCCUCCACCUCUCAAGUACAUGGACAACAGCAUGAUCUAUGAAAUCAGCUACGUCAUUGCCGGCAGACAAAUGGGCAAGCUGGAGGUGGUGCAAGCCAACACAGAGAUCACCCUACGGGGCCUGCAGCCAGGCACCAGGUAUGAGGUGCGGGCACGAGUCAAACCUGAUGGUGUCACCUAUGAUGGCUACUGGAGUGCAUGGACAUCCUUGGUCUCCAGGGAGACACCCCAAAGGGACAUGGACCCACUCAUCCUGACCCUGUGCCUUGUCAUCUCCUUUAUCCUCAUCCUGUUGUCUUUAUCUAUGCUCCUGUCCCAUCGCAGGUUUCUGUUGAAGAAGAUGUGGCCUCUCAUCCCUAAUCCUGAAAACAAGUUUGAGGGUCUCUUCACUGUAUAUGGAGGUGACUUUCAGGCAUGGUUGGUCCACAGCAGUGGUGGAUUGUGGUGGAGACCAGGGUUUUUUUACGUGGAGGAACUUCCAGCCCCACUUGAGGUGCUGUCAGAGGGCAGUCUGGGACCUGCUGUCUCCAGCCGCACAGUGCCCUCCAGGGCCUUGGCUGCGCUGGGAGAAGAAAGGGAAGACGAGCAGGAAGGAAUGGGUAAGGCAGACCCAGCGUUGACGGACAGGUGGAAUCCGCAACCACAGGGCCAGUGGCUAUUCGAUCAGCUGUGGCCCCUUCAUCAGCACUCUCUCCCUCCCUUCGAUUCUGGCCCGCUGGAGUCCAAGGACACCUACGUGACUCUGAACCAGGGGUCCCAGCCUGAGGGUGGAGAGGGUCCGUUGGACGAUGUCUCGGAGGAAUCUCUGCCCCUGCAAGUUCUCUUUGCCACCCCUGGGACACCUGUCUCCCAGUCAGACUUAGGGUCCCUCAGACACAGCUCCGGGUCUGGAAGGCUGUCCUCUCAGUCAAGCUUUGAGUACGCCCACAACACCUGGCCGCCUAAAAGCUCCAGCUAUGCCUACUUGGCCAUAGCUGAUUCCGGUAUUUACAUGGACUAUAGCCCAAUGAGCUCGGCAAGGACAGGGGUGGUUGGGACAGGGGGCAUUUACACCAAUGAGUAUGAGAAUGACAUUCACCCUCACAAGUUGCCUCAUCCAGGACAACCCAUUCAUUCAGAGUGUUGAAUACCUAAGACACAGAGGAUCACAGGAGCCCAUGGGGAUUUAUGAAGUCCAGUGAAGCAAAGAAGUGAAGCCAGUGCAAAGCCACAUGAAGCUGGCCAGAUUCAGUUGAAAGGACAGUCAGAAUGUGAGACUGUGGCAUAUUAUCUAAAUAUUUCCUGAUUCUGACUGUGAAAGCAGUGUCUUCUCAUGAUCACAGACCUUGUUGGUAUACCGCUCAAUAUCAUAGUGAGAGGUGGCAAUGCAAGACCACACAUGCACCACUAACUUGGACAAUGCACAAACUGAGCAGUAUCAGAUCUGACAGAAAUAUCUUAAAGCUCGUACAUGAUAAAUAUGUGUCAUUUCUUUAUAGCUUUAAUAAGUAUAUUAUAUGUUAUUGGCAACCACAGU